AUGGCGACCCCCUCAGCUGCCUUUGAGGCCCUUAUGAAUGGAGUGACAAGCUGGGAUGUCCCGGAAGAUGCCGUCCCGUGUGAACUGCUUCUUAUUGGAGAGGCUUCCUUCCCAGUGAUGCUGAAUGACGUGGGCCAGGUCCUCAUUGCUGCGUCCUCCUAUGGCCGAGGCCGCCUGGUGGUGGUGUCCCAUGAGGACUACUUGGCGGAAGCCCAGCUCACUACCUUUCUCCUCAAUGCAGUGGGGUGGCUUUGUUCUUCCCCUGGGGCUCCCGUAGGUGUACACCCAUCCCUGGCACCUCUGGCCAAAAUCCUCGAGGGCUCUGGAGUGGAGGCGAAGCUUGAGCCGGAAGUGAAAGACUCCCUGGGGGUUUACUGUAUUGAUGCCUACAAUGAAACCAUGACUGAAAAGUUGGUCAAGUUUAUGAAACAUGGAGGAGGUUUGCUCAUUGGAGGCCAAGCCUGGGAUUGGGCCAACCAAGGCGAUGAUGAAAGGGUUCUGUUCACAUUCCCUGGGAACCUCGUGACCAGUGUGGCAGGCAUAUACUUCACUGACAACAAAGGAGACACAAGUUUCUGUAAAGUGUCUAAGAAGAUGCCCAAGAUUCCAGUCUUAGUUAGUUGUGAAGACGAUCUCUCCGAGGACAGAGAGGAGCUUCUGCAUGGGAUUUCUGAGCUGGACAUCAGCAACUCGGAUUGUUUCCCAUCUCAGCUGCUAGUGCAUGGCGCUUUAGCCUUUCCCCUGGGGUUAGAUUCCUACCACGGCUGUGUUAUAGCGGCUGCUCGCUAUGGCCGGGGCCGGGUGGUAGUGAUGGGCCACAAGGUAUUAUUCACUGUGGGUAAACUGGGCCCCUUUCUGCUCAAUGCCGUGCGCUGGCUUGAUGCGGGCCGCCGAGGCAAGAUUGUGGUGCAGACAGAACUAAGGACAAUGAGCGGCCUGCUUGCAGUCGGGGGCAUAGAUACCAGCAUUGAGCCCAAUCUAACCAGUGAUGCGAGUGUCUAUUGCUUUGAGCCCACCAGUGAUGUAGGAGUCAAGGAGCUGCAGGAAUUUGUAGCUGAGGGUGGGGGCCUGUUUGUUGCAGCCCAAGCCUGGUGGUGGGCCUUCAAGAACCCCGGAGUGUCCCCUCUGGCUCGGUUCCCAGGGAACCUCCUGCUCAACGCCCUUGGCAUCAGUAUCACAAGCCAAAGCCUCAAUCCUGGGCCCUUUCGUACUCCAAAAUCGGGGAUAAGGACCUAUCACUUCCGCUCCACUUUGGCUGAGUUCCAGGUUAUAAUGGGCAGGAAGAGAGGGAAUGUGGAAAAGGGAUGGUUGGCAAAGCUGGGGCCAGAUGGCGCAGCUUUCCUGCAGAUCCCCGCAGAAGAGAUCCCUGCCUAUAUGUCUGUACAUCGGCUCCUCAGGAAGCUGCUGAGUCGAUACCGGCUCCCAGUGGCGACCCGAGAGAACCCAGUCAUCAAUGACUGCUGCAGGGGUGCUAUGCUCUCCCUGGCCACUGGUCUGGCACACUCUGGGAGUGACCUCUCUCUGUUAGUCCCAGAAAUUGAAGACAUGUACAGCAGCUCCUAUCUGCGCCCCUCUGACUCUCCUAUCACCGUUCAGGUCAACUGCAACAAUCCAGGCACACGAUAUUGCUGGAUGAGCACUGGGCUGUACAUACCUGGAAGGCAAAUUAUAGAGGUCUCACUGCCUGAAGCUGCUGCUUCUGCUGACCUGAAGGUACAGAUUGGCUGCCACACAGAUGACCUGACCAGGGCCAGCAAGCUGUUCCGAGGCCCACUGGUAAUCAACCGGUGCUGCUUGGACAAGCCCACAAAAUCAAUCACCUGCCUCUGGGGCGGCCUCCUCUACAUCAUCGUGCCUCAGAACAGCAAGCUGGGUUCGGUGCCCAUCACUGUGAAGGGGGCUGUGCAUGCUCCAUUCUACAAGUUAGGGGAGACAACCCUGGAGGAUUGGAAGAAGUGUCUCCAGGAGAAUCCAGGUCCCUGGGGAGAGCUGGCUACGGACAACAUCAUCCUGACAGUGCCAACUGCCAACCUUCGCACACUGGAUAAUCCUGAGCCGGUGCUUCGCCUCUGGGAUGAGGUGAUGCAGGCUGUGGCAAGGCUGGGGGCCGAGCCCUUCCCCUUGCGUCUGCCUCAGAGGAUUGUUGCUGAUGUGCAGAUUUCAGUAGGCUGGAUGCAUGCAGGGUACCCCAUCAUGUGCCACCUGGAGUCAGUGCAGGAGCUCAUCAAUGAGAAACUCAUCAGAACCAAGGGGCUAUGGGGACCUGUCCAUGAGCUCGGCCGCAACCAGCAGCGGCAGGAGUGGGAAUUCCCACCACACACCACCGAGGCUACCUGCAACCUGUGGUGUGUUUAUGUGCACGAAACGGUCUUGGGCAUUCCUCGAGGCCGUGCCAAUAUUGCCCUGUGGCCCCCAGUACGGGAGAAGAGAGUCCGAAUCUACCUGAGCAAGGGUCCCAAUCUGAAAAACUGGAAUGCAUGGACAGCACUGGAAACAUAUUUACAGCUCCAGGAAGCCUUUGGUUGGGAGCCCUUCAUCCGUCUCUUCACUGAGUACCGUAACCAGACCAACUUGCCCACUGACAAUGUUGACAAGAUGAAUUUGUGGGUGAAGAUGUUCUCCCACCAAGUGCAGAAGAAUCUGGCUCCCUUCUUUGAGGCCUGGGCCUGGCCAAUCCAGAAGGAAUUGGCUACAAGCCUGGCCUAUCUGCCUGAAUGGAAGGAAAAUAUUAUGAAGUUGUACCUCCUCACACAGAUGCCCCACUGA